AUGUAUUUUGCUGCCGCCUACUACAGAUAUUCCACCCGUCUUAUUGAUGGAACUAUCAUCAAGCGACCGAAAGUCGCUGUGCCCAUUCUUGUCACCGUUCGCACCGACCUAGACGUUGUUGUAGGGGUCAUGCAAUGUACUAUCAUCCACAUCCAAGCUCUCAUCCGACUCGAGCACCCUCGACUGGGUGGUGUCAGUUUACCCGAGACGAUCGUCAAUGGUUUUCGCGACAUACUUGUUGCUUGGGACAAAAUCAUUUUGCUACCAAGCAAUAUCAUUCGCGGGGUGCAAGAUAUCUGCUUCUCAUCGAAAGGACGAUUCGAGAAUUGUUUCGAGCGCAAGACUGGACCAAAUAAUGGUUAUGCCGUCAAACCAUUUAUGUUCAAAAUGUCGGCACAGGAGGCCAAAGAAACUGAGGGUAGGCUUCCUGAGGAUGAUGGACCGACCAUUCGGGCCUGGAUGGCUGCCCAACGAGCUCAUGAAGAACGGAAGCGGCAAGAAGAGGAGGCUCAAGGCGUAGAGCAGCUCUGGCAGACCGGAUACAAGUGGCACGACUUCGGCGGCACGGAAGUCAAUAUGUACGGUUAA